AUGGCGUGCGCUGGCGUCGCCGAGGCGGUGAUGGCUCAGUUUGCGGCGCUGCCCAAGACUGGCAAGCCGCAGCCACAUGAGCACACCGUGCUGGCAGGCAUGGCGCUGUCGCUGCCUGCCGCGGGCGCCAGCAUUGGAUGGCCCGAUGGCGGCGGCAGCUCAGUGGCACCGCGUGCUUGGCCCCAGCAAGAGCUGGCGGUGGUGGCGAUUGGCACCGGAACCAAGUGCUUGGGCGCAUUCAAGCGCCUGCCGGGCGGCGGCGCAGUCAACGACUGCCACGCAGAGGUGCUGUGCCGCCGCGCCCUGCUGCGGUGGCUGUACGGCGAGGCGCGGCAGGUGGUGGAGCGGUACCGACAGGCGGUACAGCAGGCAGCGGGCCAGCUGGACGCGCCUGCCGCUGCGGCGGCAGCGGCGACUCGCGUGCUGCGCCUGGUGCCGCCAGCUGGCGGCGACGGCACUGCUGGAGACCUGUUUGGGGGCUGGCGCUGUGAGCUGCAGCCGGGCGUGGGGCUGCACCUCUACAUCAGCCAGCCGCCCUGCGGGGACGCCAGCAUCCUGGGCCCGGCAGCCUCCUGCCACCACCCGCAGCACCAGCACCAGCAGCACCAACCGCCACAGGAGACGCGAGGGAGCCAGGCCGCCCGCCAGCACAGCAGCCCAGAAGCUGCUGCUGCUGCAGCCUGUGCAGACAGCAGAGGCGGCGGCGGCAGCGCGCAAGCCCAGGCUGGCGGCUUCGGGCGGACCGGCGCCAAGGCCCUGAAGCGGCAGCGGAUUGGCGGCAGCGGGGACCAGCUCUCGGCAGCGCCGUCAGGCCCAGUGGAGGAAGCCCAGCAGGCACACUGUGAGCAGCAGCCAGGGAUGCAGGAGCAGCAGCAGGAGGAGCAGUGGCGGCUGCCGCAGCAGCACGAGGUGGAGCCGUAUGCACAGGCGCAGGCGGUGGGCGUGGGCGCCUUGCUGGGGGGCCUGCUGGCGUCGCCGCUCCACCUCUCCUCUGUCACGGUCCCACUGCAGCACGGCGAGGCAGCCGGCAGCGCAGCGCCGUCGCCAACAUUGGCUGCGGUGGUCGGAGCGGCAGCGGCAGCAGACAAGCAGCCGCAGGUGCCCAGCAGUGCCAGCGUGGCAGAAGUAGCUGAGCUGGCCCUGCGGCGAGCCCUGCUGGACCGUACCGCGGAGCUGGCGGCCCAGCGGCUGCCGCCUGGCUUCCGCCGGGCGCCGCCUGCUCUGCACAUCCAUGUGCCAGGCUCCAUGCCGGCCCCAGGCUCUGGCAGCAGCGGCGGUGGUGGCGGCAGUGAGGGCAGCCGGGCGCACUCGCUGGGACUCGCGCCAUCCGCUACCCGGAGAGUGGCUGGUGGUUCAUCGGUUGUGUGGUUCGCGCCGCCUUCACCGGCCUUCAAGUGGAAGCGGCAGGCAGGAAGCGCUGCAGACGUGCUGAGCGGCGGCAGCAGCGAAGCAGUGAUCGGCGGCACCGGCCUGAAGGCCGGCAGCGCUCGUGUGCAGGCGGGCCAGGCGGCGCCGCCCUCGGCGCACCCCUCUGUGUGCAAGGCGGCGCUGUUUGCGCAGUGGCAGGAGCUGGCGGCCGCGCUCAGGUCUCUGUCGCCGCCGCCAGCAGUAGCACUGGCCCCAGAUGCAGCAGCGGACAUACCAGCACGCCCUGAGCAGCCUCAGCGGCCACCACCAGAGCAGUUGCGCCUCCAGGACAUGCGGUAUGGGCAGGCCAAGCGCGCCGCCUGCCCGCAGUACGCUGCUGCCUGGCAGGGCCUGCUGCAGCCGCCCUCGCCGCUGCAUGGCUGGAUCCCCAAGCCGGCAGCUUUGGAGGAGUUUGCGCUGGCACCUGCCUGA